AUGGUUAGCAGUGCUGUUACCUCGGCGCCCCCUCAACCAGUAGGAAGUUCUACGGCGUCGGAGAUCCAGCCAGGUCCCCACACUGUUGUAACCCCUGCCGCUACGUCUCGUCCUCCUGUUGAGCCGAUAACUGAUAAUGCGGUGGACAGCAAGAUCGGGAUUACUGCCAACAUUCGUCGGGUUGCAGAAAGGAGGAAAGUUGUGCAAGCGAUGAGUGGGCCGGCGCCUGAGGGUAGUUCAGGACCUAUUGGGCGGCGUGUGAUGCAGCGUCGCAGCCUUAUGCACCUGCUGUCUUCUGUGACGUCUCAUUCACGGGAUGUGUUAGUGAUACCCAAUAAUGACGUUCAACAGUCUGAGGGUAUCGGAGGGGCGUCUCAUCAGCCCUUUGUUCCUGUGCCAAUCUCUCUGAGUCCUGGUUUUAGCCCUUCGUCUUUGAAGGGUAGUCCUGAGCGGUUGUUUCAAGAGUCUGCUGCUAUAGGAGUACUUCACAGUGCACCUCCACUACCCUAA